AUGGCGAAGCUGCACCCGGAGUGUGAUCUGGUGCUAGAGAUAAAACGGGAGAAGGACGAAUGCAUACGGAGGAUCAGAGAGAUUAGAAACACCUCAGUCUCAGGGUGCAGGAUGGUCUGGGAGUACGGGCUGUGCUGGCCCAAUGCUGAGGAUGGAGAAACCGUCAACGUGUCCUGCCCAAAAGUCUUCCUGAAUUUCAGUCCUGUUUUGGGGGUGCUCAACAGAAAUUGUACCAGUGAAGGAUGGUCAGAUGCACUGCCACCGGACAUAAUGUUUUGUAUGACGACUGAGACAACACAUAAUGAAGAGGUCUCGUACUUCAGUACAAUACGGGUAAUCUACACCGUGGGCUACAGUCUGUCUCUCAUUGUGCUCACCAUCGCUGUGAUCACCCUGUUGGCCUUCCAGAACCUACAUUGCACACGGAAUUACAUCCACAUCCAGCUGUUUAUCACCUUCAUCCUGCGGAGCUUUUCUGUGAUUAUCAAAGAUGCCGUUCUCUUCGGUGACAAUGACAUUGACCACUGCAGCUUCUCUACGGUGGGAUGUAAGAUUGCCGUGGUGUUCUGCUAUUUCUCCAUGAUGACGAAUUACUUCUGGCUGCUGGUGGAGGCUCUGUAUCUCAACUCACUGCUACUGGCUUCCUUCUCCUACGUUAGGAGUUCCAUCUGGUGGUGGAGCCUGCUCGGGUGGGGUGUUCCAACUAUCAGCAUGCUUGCCUGGGUAAUUACCAAAAUCCAGUUUGAGAACACUGAGUGCUGGGAUAUUAUAGACGGCUCCCCCUACUGGUGGAUUAUCAAAGGACCGAUUGUCGCCUCUGUUGCUAUCAAUUUUGUACUUUUUAUGAACAUCGUCAGAAUCUUGGUCCAAAAGCUAAUCCCAGGGGAGAUGCGCCUUGCCAAUUCCUCUCAGUACAGGCGGCUGACAAAGUCCACGUUACUUCUCAUUCCUUUGUUUGGGAUCCACUACAUCAUCUGUGCCUUCCCUCCAGACGGGGCCGUGAUGGCCGUCCGGCUGUACCUCGAGCUCUGCAUCGGGUCAUUUCAGGGUUUGACAGUGGGAAUCCUGUACUGCUUUCUGAAUCAGGAGGUACAGACCGAAAUAUACCGGAGGUGGCUAAGGCGACAGAUGGACAGCUAUGUGGCCGUGCCUGUUAUCGGAAGGAGCCUGAUGGAUACGUCCUGCUGA